UAAUAAUAUAAUAACUUCACUCGUUAUGCACCCCCACUCCGACCACUCGCCACCUCCAUAACCACCAUCUCCGGCGGACUCACUCUCUCUCUCUCAUCCCCUUUCUCUCUCUAAAACCCACAAACCAGAUACACAUAUUCAUCCAUCAGCCAUACAUAUACACUCGUUAGAACCUCAAGAGUUUUAGUGACAGUGGGUCCCAUCUGUUGUCGUGGAAGAAUCGAUCAAGAAUGAGUUCUCAGAUCAUGCGGAAUAUGUUUCAGGGCCCGCAGGGCCGAGGUGUGGAAGCUGAGCUGGAAUGUUUUUACAUGAGAUCUCAUGGAAGAAAAGUGGCUAGAAUUCACAUGCACGAUUGGCUUAUAUUGAUCCUACUUGUCAUCAUCGAAAUCGGUUUAAACGUCAUACACCCGUUCUACCGCUUUGUUGGCAAGGAUAUGAUGACGGAUCUUAAAUAUCCAAUGAAGGACAACACCGUUCCCUUGUGGGCCGUACCAGUGUACGCAGUGUUAUUGCCUAUUCUGGUUUUUCUUUUCAUCUAUUUCAAGAGGAGAGACAUAUAUGAUCUGCACCAUGCAAUUUUAGGUCUCUUAUUUUCUAUACUUAUAACCGGCGUUCUGACAGAUGCUAUAAAAGACGCCACUGGGCGACCUAGACCAGAUUUCUUUUGGCGUUGCUUUCCCGAUGGAAUCGACAAUUAUGAUCGAUGGGGAAAUGUUGUUUGUCACGGUAACGAAAGCGAUAUAAGAGAAGGUCAUAAAAGCUUCCCAAGCGGCCAUUCUUCAUGGUCAUUUGCGGGCCUAGGGUUUUUGGCGCUGUACUUAGCUGGAAAAAUCAAAGCGUUUGACCGUAGUGGCCAUGUGGCAAAACUAUGCAUCGUUUUCCUUCCGCUUUUAAUGGCAUCUCUUGUAGCCGUUUCUCGAGUGGAUGACUAUUGGCAUCAUUGGCAAGACGUAUUUGCCGGUGGUCUUUUAGGUCUCACCGUUGCGACAUUUUGCUAUCUACAGUUUUUUCCAGCCCCGUAUCACACUGAAGGGUGGGGUCCGUAUGCUUAUUUCCGGGCUGUUGAAGAGACGCGUUCUACUAGAAGGGUAGAUCGCCCGGUUAAUGAAAUCGGGCUGGGGAUUCCGGAUUUAAACCAACAAUCAAGGCAGGACCGAGCCGGGCCCGGGCUGGAUUCUUCUUCUCCAGAUUACCAUUCUUAUUCGUUGGAGAGUGAUGUAGAGUCUGGAAAAGUGUGACAUUUGAAUGAAAAUGUUAAAGCUUUUAGAGAAAAGAAAAACAUGAAGGAGUGGUAAAUAUUAUUGUUGAUCAUGGAUGUAUGUUUGUUUAUACUUUGUUGUUUUUUUUUUCUCUUAAUGUUUUCAUGAAAUAUGUUGGUCCCUUUUAAA